ACGGCCAACCAAUCAGAAGCGACGGCUCCGGUUGAAUCGCGGGUUCAAAAUCUAAACUGUAUCGGUUAAAUUCGUUCAAGUUUAGAGAGUGAGUUUGAUCGAAUCCUUCUUUCACGGAUCAAUACAUCUGAAUUUUGUCAUACCUGACUUCAUUUAACAAUCUACAAUGGCUCAUAAACAGAUAUACUACUCGGAUAAAUACACAGAUGAUCUUUAUGAAUACCGACACGUGGUCUUACCGCGAGAACUAGCCAAACAAGUGCCAAAAUCCCACCUGAUGACGGAGGAUGAGUGGAGGAGGCUGGGCGUGCAGCAGUCGCUCGGAUGGGUGCAUUAUAUGAUCCACGAACCAGAACCUCAUAUUCUGCUGUUUAGGAGACCACUCCCAAAACAAUGACAUUCAGGGAUUCUUGUCUCUUCUGGACCAUUCCUGUGGUUUUCAGUGAAUGCUAGAGAACUUAACCAUGUUUCUGGACUCCUGUGACCAUGCAUUUCACUGCGAUCAUGCCUGAACAGAAUCAAGUGAUUGUGGGAAUAUAUUUUCAGUGAAAAAAUAAGGGCUCUUAACAAAACCAUGCAACUCAAGUGCCUCUCUGAGUGAUGUUAAACCUUUAAUAAAAGUCUGUGCUGCAUCAUCAGUGUUUAGAAAUGUAAAUCAGUGUUUAAGUGGCUGAGCUCAAUUCAUUUUGGAGAUAAAAGAUGUACUGUAUGCUAAAGGGAGAUCAUUUGUGUGUAUCUAGUUAACGUAUUGGCCAUUCUCAGGUUGAAAUUUUUCGUUUGCAUUAAUUCUUCAGGGAAGGCGAUUGUAAUACUGUACAGAUGCUUUAUAAAGUUUAAAAUGUGCUUAUCACAAAUGAAAAAACAUUAAGGUAGUUGUAGAAGAGCCAUGUUGACAGCACUAUCGGCAACUGUGCUACUUAAGAACGGUUUAUAUGGAGAAAAAAAGGUUUUGAGCCUUUAUCAUUAAUUGCUUUUGAAAAAAAAUAAAAUGAUGAUUGUGUAAACUUAUUUUAUCCUUGCUGCUCUUUAUAAUAAAAUAUUAAAAUGCCACA